AUGGGCCAUCAGGAUGACUUGAUGUUCUGCAACAGAUUCCACUGCUACAUUCUCUUGUCCCCCUGUGGACAGCCAUUAUCUAAAUUCAGCUCUAGACGAGAGCUGCUCACUGCCUUUCAUGCCUUUGUAGUUACUCAUCAAAUGAUGAUUGAGAGGCGAGUUUUUCAUGGGGACCUCAGUCCCAAUAAUUUUGUUGUUCAUGACAGUAUUGGUUCCUUCAUUGAUUUUGAUCAUGCCUUGAUUCUAGUGGAAGGCAUGACUAGCACCUAUUCACAUGGUACAGGGACCAUGCCCUACAUUUCUAUCUGUAUUCUUCAGGCUAUGCUAGAUCUAGCUCCAUCUGAGGUUAACACCAACAUCCCAGGCCAGGAUACUGAUCUGAAUGAUCUAGAUGAUUUCAAGGUGGACAACAACAUUGGCCUUGUUCCACAGGCUGCCAAUACUCUAGCUGCCAAUACUCCACAGAAUCAAACUUUUCCGUGGGCAAGUGCUUAUGAGGCUUUUGGCAAGGUGGAUACCCAUUUGGCUCUGAGUAUGAUCUGUUUUGUGAAGAUGGGGGUUUUGAUGCAAGGCAGAUUCUUCAUUGAUAAGACAUCUGAAUACUUCACAGAAUUCAGACCUCUUGUCCAGAAAUGGGGCACUAUGGUUUAUGGUGCAAAUGGGCCCCAAGAUCAGGUAGAGAUGACCUAUACUGGAGUCCUCAACCUACUCAAUACAUUCAUGAGAUCUAUUGGUAAAGAACCACCUCCUUUAGGAUAA